AUGACCCCCACCUCCCAUCCCACCACCCCAAUCCAAUCCCUCCUCACCUCAAAGCAACCACCAGCUCGACACUUCCGCACGGUCCACGGGCCCCCAAAACGCAAAAUGGUCGACAUCGUCCCCAUAUCAAGCUACCCAAGCUACAUCGACCUCCUCCCCUCAAUCCAAACCUGCAACAUCACCAACCUCCCCGAGAACUACUUCCUAAAAUACUACCUCUACCACGCUCUCACAUGGCCACAACUCUCCUUCGUCGCCGUCGUCCGACCCAAGAACGGCUACGCUAAGAGCAAUGGCAUUGCCGGUGCUGGGGCAGCCGGGAAUGUCGCCGGCGAGUAUCCCAAGGUCGUGGGGUAUGUGCUUGCGAAGAUGGAGGAAGAGCCGACGGAUGGAAUGCAACAUGGACAUAUUACUAGUUUGAGUGUUAUGCGGACGCACAGGAGGCUGGGUAUUGCGGAGCGGUUGAUGCGAAUGAGUCAACUCGCCAUGUCGGAAUCCCACCGCGCAAACUACGUCUCGCUACACGUCCGCGUCUCCAACACGGCGGCCCUCCGCCUGUAUCGCGACACACUAGGCUUUGAAGUCGAGAAGGUGGAAAGCAAGUACUAUGCGGAUGGUGAAGAUGCCUACGCGAUGCGAUUGAAGCUGGAUGGCCAGUGGAUGAACUGGAAGGCGAUUGAGAAACGCAUUGCGGCGGAGGAUAAGGCGAAGGCUGGAGAGGCAGAUGGGGAUGAUGAUGAGGGGGAGCCUGUUGGUGAGAUGGGGAAGAAGGAGGAUGGAGAUGAGGCGGAGAAGAUGGUUAAGGUUAAGGUUGGGAGGGGGCUAGGAGUUGGGGAUUUGGUGGAGAGGAAUGAGAGUCAGGCUUAG